GCGUAUCUAACCAAUGAAAUAUCAUCUGCGUGUGAUAUGUGACAAAUUGAAGCAUGCGGCAUGCACAAAUCAGCUGAUAUUUUCUAAAUUCCUACAUAACAAUAAAUAAUAAAUAAAUUACUGUGUAAAAUGUGGCCGAUUGUAUUUCGUGUCCUGCGUCAAUAUGCACCGUUUGUAACGCUGCCAUUCGCCGCUGUCGUCGGCUACGUCGGUUACCACAUUGAAGACUUCAUGAGUGACAAAUACACACCAUACAGCAAAGCAAUUGAAGAAGCACGCAACGAACGAUUAGUAACCGACGAUUCACUGAGCCGCGCCACGGAAGUCGAGUCGCUCACAUACAGCGCCAACGUUUUGGGCCGAAAUGUCGCACCAAGUCUCAAAUAAUACACGCAGCAAGCUUGUUAGUUAAGACGACGCUUCCUCGAGCAGGAAGCAAUCAAUUCUCUUGGUCGGCUGGGCCAGAGCCGCCCGCCUCGCAAGUCGUACGGAAUGUAAAAGAGAGGAAUAAUUACAAUUUUAAUUA